AGCCCAGCGGCCGCCACCCGCCCGUGUUCCGGGCGUCGCCAGGGCCUCCGCCGAGGCCGGGUCCGCAGCCCCGCCAUGUCGCGUUACCGCUGGCGCAAGUACAAGAGCGGCGACCUGGUGUUUGCCAAGCUAAAGGGCUACGCCCACUGGCCGGCCAGGAUCGAGCACAUGGCCGAGCCCAACCGCUACCAGGUGUUCUUCUUCGGGACCCACGAGACGGCCUUCCUGGGCCCCAAGCACCUGUUCCCGUACGAGGAGUCCAAGGAGAAGUUCGGCAAGCCCAGCAAGAGGAGGGGCUUCAGCGAGGGGCUGUGGGAGAUCGAGAACAACCCCACGGUCCAGGCUGCCGACUACCAGCUGGCCCAGGAGAAGAGCUGCGUGGACGGGCCCGGGUCGCAGACGGAGGCCAGCGCGGGCGACAAGGCCGGCCGCAGUGACCAGCCGGGGAAGCCGGGCGGCGACUUAAGGCUUUGGUGUUCCUUGGCAGUGCCAUUUCCCAUCCAUGACGUCCCGCACCCUGCCCCCCUCAGCAUUGUCACCAGACCUGAAAUGUAA